AUGAGCAAGAGCAGUGUUAGAAGCACCGGCGGCAUUGACGUUACGAAGAUCGCCCCUCUAGUGCCGCUCUCAAUCAAGGAGUGGGACGUGUGGUUUGAGAACGAUAAGCAGAUGACGUUGCCCAAGCUUCUUCUGUUGGGUGGCUCUAUGGCGGUCCAGAUGGGAGACGAUUCGACACUACCUACUACGAAACUCACUUCUGCGUCCUCUUUUAUCGCUGGAGCCACUGCUGGUCUGGUAUGCGAUGCUACUGUUUUCCCAAUGGACACCAUACGAGUUCGGCAACAGGCGAGACAUCGGCCUGCGUCGUCCGCCGUAGCAACAGAGAGUUUCGCUCGGCCGGACAGACCUGCACUGUCAAUGCCGCAACGUUACUCACUCAUAAGCGAAGCUGUGGCCAUCCUCAAACACGAGGGGGCUCGGGGUUUCUAUAAGGGCUUAUCGGUUGUGAUGCUCACGAGUUGCCCAGCCUUUGGGAUUUACUACUCCGCAUAUGAGCUCUCCAAGUCCAAGUUGCGACCAGCCACAGGUUGGUCCUCUGACGCCAUACACCUAGCAUCGGGCGCAAUCGCCAAUGUGUUUGGCAUGGUGAUAUGGACACCUCAGGAAGUCAUCAAAUCACAAACGCAAGUACAAGUGAAGACAGCAGUUAGCCCUCGCCAUAUCGUAAUUGACAUCUAUCGUGAGUACGGCAUUCGAGGCUUCUAUCGCGGCGUGGUGAUUGGCAGCUUGACGUGGACGCCACUGUCUGCUAUAUGGUUCAUGACCUACGAGCGACUCAAGCCGUUCAAUUUUGGCCGUGAUGAGCUCGCGAGGGAUGGAAGCGUCUCAGCUGCAUGGCUCGCUCUCUCGGGAUUCAUCGCGGGAGUUGUUGCCUGUACCACGACUUCCCCAAUCGAUGUGGUCAAGACACAGUACCAAGUGGCUGGGAGAGGGAUUGCAUCAUCAUCAUCAAGCCAGUUCACGUCGAGUCGAUCCUCGAGCAUUCGCGACAUAGCCAUAGCGCUGCUCCGGAAUGAGGGUGUCCGUGGUUUUUUUAGAGGAGUGUGUGCGAAGUCUUUAUGGUAUGGAACGUUCAUGGCUAUCAAUAUCACUGUCUAUGAUCGUGUUCGACUAUCUUUGCAAGGAUUCCAUACUUAG